ACUACUAAUCUCAUUUUCCUCUUAUUUUUAUUAUAAUUAAUUGUACACAUAAUUCUUUGUAUUUUAUUGUAUAAUUUAUUUAAUUUGUUAAAUUAACGGAUUUAUUUUAUUGAAAUUAAAUUGUUGGGAAUGUGUAAGAUGAUAAAGGAUUAUUUUUAAAAUUUUCCCUGUUUUUUUGCAUUACGAAAGUUUGAAAUUUAAUUUUUGUAAUAUAAUGAAUAUAAAAUGACAUAUUCCCAGGCUUCAGACUGCUCUGUGGGUCCAACACGUUUCUACGAAGAUUUGGAAAGCGCCUCGGAAGGAUUUUUCCAUAAAAGUUGUCUGGUCCAAAAAAGAAAAUGUGAAAAGGAGAAAAAUUAUGAAAAAAAUCGGUGUAAUGUGUAUAACGCAGUGAGAGAACUCCUAACUUGCUGCUUCGGAACCAAACAGGGUUCUAACGUGCCAAAUUUCACAAUUAUGGGCUAUGACUUCAAUGAUCUGUUUGAUGAUUCAAGUACCAUUGCUCCUUCAACUGAAGGUAGCGAUAAUAUGAUAGGGUAUAGAAGAAACGAUGCUUUGUGGUCAAUUGAGCCUUCUAAAAGGUUCAAAUACUUGAAAAUGACCCCCUCAGAGGCUAAAUGGCUAAUACUGUCCUGGUCAUCUAAAAUAAUUAAUGGCGAAAAUAUUAAUAAAAACCUCCUCAAUUCAAUUAUAAACGAAUGUAAAGCAAAAUCGCAAAGUAUUUCGUACUUGACAUCCAACGUCAUUAAAAACUUCCCUGGUUUAUACCUUUGCGAGAAUUUGUAUGAGAUGGAGUCGAAUGACUUUAUAGUUGGUUUGGAUAAUUUGAUGACCACACUUCAAAGUUAUAUUCAGCCAGGAGCAAGUACAUUUGUGCUUAUCAUACACAAAGCUGUUUUAUACUCACUCUACUACACGAGUCAAGGAUCUCUUGAUUAUAUUGUUUUGUUUGAAAUAAGGCUGUUUGAAAGAGGUGAUGUUCACUACUACUCUAGGUUUUUGGCUUUUCAAGAUCUCAUUGAUGUUAGAAGAUACUUGAUGACAAACAGAAAUAUUCAAGUGCAAUCCAAGAUAAGAUUUCAUCUAUUCAAUUUUAAAAAGCUCAAGGCAAAUUGGACAAAUGAAGAUGCUGAACAUAACGAACAACCAGAGAAGAGUAAUUUUUAUAAUUUUUAAUGUUUUUUAGAGCUUGAAAAGGAGAUUACAGAUCCAAAGUAUGAUGUGAAAAAAAUAAUCAAAUUUCUAAAGUCUACUAGAAACUUUUAAUCAAUUCUGUAACAUAUUAAUAUUUGUGAAUGUUUAU